AUGGCGGCCCCCGCGGCGCUGGGCGGCCCCGGCUCCCGGCCCGACCCGGUGGAGACGCUGCAGGAGGAGGCGAUCUGCGCCAUCUGCCUCGACUACUUCGCCGACCCCGUGUCCAUCGGCUGCGGCCACAACUUCUGCCGCGGCUGCAUCUCCCGGCUCUGGGCCCGCGGCGGCCCCGAGCCCCCCCCGGGCGGCUCCGAGGGCGGCUCCGAGCUGGAGGAGGAGGAGGAGGACGAGGACGAGCUGGAGGAAGACGAGCUGGACGUGGAGGAGCAGGAGGACGAGGAGGACGAGGCCGGCGUGGACGAGGAGGAAGACGACGACAUGUGGGAGGAAGAGGAGGAGGAGGAGGAGGAGGAGGAGGAGGAGGAAGCCGAGCUCUGGGAAGACCCCGCGGAGGACGAGGAGGAGGAGGAGGAGGAGGAAGAAGGAGCCGCGGCCUGGGCGGGGGGCGCGCAGGGGGGGCUUUUCUUCGGCGACGAGGACUAUGACGAGGACGUGAUGGAGGAGGACGUGGAGGAGGAGGAGGAGGAAGAGGAAGCCGAGGACGAAGAGGAGGACGAGGAGGAGGACGAGGAGGAGCAGCCGCCGCCGCCUCCGCCGCCUCCUCCGCGGCGCCCCGCGGUUUUCACGUGCCCCCAGUGCCGCAAGACCUUCCUGCAGCGCAGCUUCCGCCCCAACCUGCAGCUCGCCAACAUGGUGCAGAUCAUCCGGCAGCUGCACCCGCGGCCGCAGCGCCCCGCGGGGCCCGGGCCCGGCCCCGCCGCCGCCGCCGCCCCCGGGGGCCCCCCCGAGCUCUGCGAGAAGCACCAGGAGCCGCUGAAGCUUUUCUGCGAGGUGGACGAGGCGGCGAUCUGCGUGGUGUGCCGGGAGGCCCGCGGGCACAAACACCACAGCGUGGUGCCCCUGGACGAGGUGGUGCAGGACUGCAAGGUGGCCGACGUCACCCUGGACCCCUCGACCGCCCACCCCCGGCUCAGCCUGUCCCUGGACCGGCGCAGCGUCCGCCUCUCGGAGCGGCGCCCGGAGCCCGCGGGCAGCGCCCGGCGCUCGGACGGCGGCGACCUCUGCGUGCUCGGAGCUCCGGGCUUCAGCGCCGGCCGCCACUACUGGGAGGUGGAGGUUGGGGGGCGGCGGGGCUGGGCCGUGGGAGCCGCCCGUGAGACCACCCGGCACGCCCGGCACAAGGGGGGAGCCCCGGCGCCCCCCAAGCGCGAGAUCUGGGCCGUGGGCACCAGCGGCAAGAAGUACCAGGCGCUGACGGCCACCGAGCAGACGGCGCUGGCGCCCGGCGAGCAGCCCAGGCGCUUCGGGGUCUACCUGGACUACGAGCGGGGCCAGCUGUGCUUCUACAACGCCGAGAGCAUGAGCCACAUCCACACCUUCCACAUCUGCUGCCGCGAGCGCGUCUUCCCCUUCUUCCGCAUCCUGGCCAAGGGCACCCGCAUCAAAAUCUGCACCUGACGGGGCGGCGGCGGCGCCGGGUGCUGCCCUGCCCUUCAUC